AUUGGAAGACUGUGAUCGAGAAGAUGGCACCCGAUGAUCCGAAGUGGGUCGACAUGAAGCAGAAGUUCGACGCGGCGAUCGUUGAGCUUGAUCGGACCAAUAGGUGGAGCACCACUAUACUUCUGCCGUAAUGGAGCAUUGCUUGCCAUGAGCACGAACAUGAGAGGACGCUGAAUCCACGGCGUCAAGGUCCAUGUAGAACGAUGAAAGGCUCAUUUUACAGGUCUGCCACCGGAAGGAAGACUGCUGUGAUUCAAGAAGUCGCCGAGUAUGCGACGGUUCUUCGAAGGCAUGAGAAUGCCAUGAUGUAGCAUGAGUGUGGCGAGCUAUGUAGUACGUAGCUCGUGCAGAUAGCAUGAAACGUACAUUGUCAGAAAUCCCGAUCUUGUGUUGACAAGCCAACUAUUUCCUCAAAACGCAGAAAUUGAUAGCAUCAAGUGAUGAGUUGAUGUGGAUUCGCUCGUCCCGUAGCCAGCCGCUUAUGGCCGCCAUCAGAGAACCAGCGCGAACAUACGAGGCUUGGAUGAAGAUGGUGGACUCGUACUACGCUCGGCUUCGCUCGCGACCUCACAUUGUAACAAUCACUUCCUCGACAGCCUUGAGAUAUGCACCGGUGCACAAAAAGGAACAUGCAGUAGAUGCGUCAUUGGUCAGUGAGUAUCGCCGCUUUUCGGCACAGCCAAACCACGCCAAAGGCACUGCCUCUUCCACAAACUCAGCGCGCCGAGGUUCCUCAAAUAUCGGGAAAGAAUCCCGAAUAAACUUGGAGCAGUGGGCAAUUUAUGGACGCCAGGACAAAAGCCCCAGCGCAUUUUCGACACUCGCACAAAGCUGCAGUGUUAAACUUCCAACACAAAUGGCCCUCAACGAGCAAUGACGCCUGGACGAAGCUGCCGCUCGCGCAGAGGUAGGCCACAGAAGUUUUUCGGUAAUGCCUCGAGGAGUUCCAGCCAAUUGUGUAAGGACGUAUGAGCGGCGCCACUGAAACGGUGAUUUCAUACAGUCAUCGUCGCGCCAUACCAGUAGAGGUCAUACCAGAGAUUAAGCAUAGCAUCGAGGGACCGGAGAUAGACCAGAAUUGAUAUGCGAGCAAUCUUUCCUAGGGAUGCUUCCAAUCGUCCGGAAUUGGAUCAUCAAUACAAGCAACUGCGCGAACGACUGUAUAUGAUACAAGUGAAGUGAGACCUGCGAUCGCAGAUCUGGCAAUGGCGAUGCCGAGACUUUGGUGCCCCCGGGUUUGGCCGAAUAUGAGCUUCGAAGGAAAACGGCGAAAAGCGCCGAUCUAGAGAGGCGAUGAUCUUUAUCGAACGAGAGAAUCAUGGCAGUCGCAAGGAUGGUGUGGCAUCCAGGUGGUUCCCAUCCCUCUCAGGUGGUUCCCACCCCUCUCAGGUGGCAUAUGCUUGGUCAAACAAUGUUGCCAGCAUGGUUUCGUCGUCCUCGCUGGAUCAUUGUGCUCAUCCCUUCUUCCGAUGGCUUAAGAUCCC